UGUGAUGGAUUAUCGUCAGAAGAAGAAUUGUACUUUUUUCACUAUUGGAUUGAUAUUUCUGUUAAGUGGCAUUGAGUACGCUGUCAUCCUCCCUACAAUAUGGAGGUAUCUCCAGAUUUUGGAGGCACCUCCAUACUUCCUGGGUCUGGGCUUGUCUGCGUUCAGUCUGAGUGGGCUGCUGACGGGCCCACUGUUCGGCCUCUGGUCCGACCGGACCCGAACUACAAAGACCAUCAUCCUAUACUCCAACGUUUUUGAGAUUGUUGGUAGCUUCAUGUAUUUUAUGGGAUACUCAAAAUGGCUGCUGUUGUGCAGUCGACUUGUAGCAGGUAUUGGUGCAGGAGCAGGCUCCUCCAUCUUUGGCUUCCUCACACGGAGCACCCGGCCAGAGGAACGCGCUGGUGUUUUCGCUGCCAUCAUGGCAUGUCGCCAAGCUGGCCUCCUGAUUGGGCCAGCAUUCAAUUUGUUCCUGAGGCUGAGCGACUUCCAGCUGGGACCAUUUGUGGUGAACAACUACACCUCUCCCGGGAUCUUCAUGUGUCUGAUGUGGAUCCUGCUCCAGUUUGUGGUGCUGGCCCUGUACUGGGACAUACCACCUAUCAGCUCCGAAGAGGGGGGUAUCGCUGUGGGAGAGAUCGAAGAGGAGGAGCCGCUGGUAAGGGCAGAGGAGACACUGGAGACCUACGGCACUGUCUGGGACGACCAGAUAGAGACAACCCUUUCCUCAGAGAUACACCAUUUCCAGGACCCUUCACAGUGCCCUCCCUCGCCGCCUUCCUCUACCUCUUCCUCAUCCCCUCAUUCGACUAUCUCAAACCCCCUCACAAUUUUCAGUGCUAGUCAAGAGUUUCUGAGGGAGGAGGUGGUGGUGCUCCUCACUGCACAGUUCAUCACCCUCUUCAACCAGACAGCACUGGAGACCAUGGUGACACCUCUGACCCAGCGCUCCUUUGGCUUCGGAGAGCUUGCCAACAGCCUGAUGUACAGCCUGUGUGGCGUUGAGGUGAUCCUGGGCUUCUUCUUGGUGCGUGGGCUGAGUCGCCAGGUGGAAGACCGUGUGGUGCUGGCCGUGGGGCUGGUCAUCUGCAGUGUUGCCUGCGUCUGGUGCCUCGUCUUCCUGGCCAACCCCCAGGGCGGGUACUCCUGGGAGUUGGCAACGUUCAUCAUCGGAGUGUUCCUGCAGCUGCUCGGGCUUCCCUUCGUGGCCGUGUCCCAGGUGUCUCUCUUCUCCAAAGUCACUGCAGAGAAAACGCAAGGGUUCAGUCAAGGCGUGAGGCGCUCUGUUGGGGGGCUGGCUACUAUCCUGGGGCCUCUCUGGGCUGGAGGACUGACCGGUAACUUGUACCUGAUGCUUGGAGUGAUGCUGGCUCUUCUCCUCAUGAUCACAGUGAUGCUGAUACUAUCCUAUGAUCGCCUAGUCGAACCCAAAGUAGUGCAGCACGCCCAGAGCUCAGACAAUGGAGAAUAG